UUGAUAAUUCCUUCACAGUUUCCUACACACAUAACAUCAAAUAAGUAUUGCCUCCUAACUAUGAUUAUUACAAAGCAGCGAGAUGACAGAGAGUAAAAAUACAACUUUCAGCCACCAACACGACCUGCAUCUUGAUAGGGUCUUCGGGACUGUUUCUCUUCUCACAGGAAUUUUAGGGCUCUUCGGAAAUGCAGUGAUCGUGAAAAUCCUUCUGAAGCACCGGAAAAGUCUCUCAGCAAAGAUAUUUCUAGCCAUCGCCUACAAUGACAUCAUCACAUCCUUAUUUGGUGCAGUUCCGUUCAGCAUACCUCGCCUCGUUCCUCACGAGGCCGGCCUGUUUGGUGUUCCGGCACUUUGCAACCUUUCCGGGUCCCUGUUGAACAUCAGUGAGAGAUACUCUGUGUUUCUGAUAGCCGUGUUGAGUGUGACCCGAGCAUGUGCUCUAAAGUACCCUCUACUACACAUUAAACAAGGCAGGGUUCUAGUUCUCAUGCUCGUCUACUUCGUCAUCCAGACCUCCCUUGCUUGCCUCCCUUUCUUCCAGGGCAAGUCCUACUACUUUGACGAGGUUUACACGGUAUGUACCUGGACACUAGAUGAUAUCAUUAAUUUUGACACCCAGUAUAUCUGGUACCAGUUCACCUACCACAUCCUCCUCUUCAUCCCCUUUUUCCUACCCUCCAUAUUCGUCGUGACCAGCUGUGUGUUCUGUGUUCUGUCCCUCCGAACCAGCAUCGUCAACAACAACGACAAGAACAAGGCCAAAGCCAGCAUGACCAUAGUCUUGUUCACUAUCACUUACAUCGUCCUUCAUGUUCCGAUAUGGAUAUUCCUCUUCCUAUUUCUGGUUUCUGAGCACGGUAAACUCUCAGUUGACAUGAGUAACAAACUCCCUCUGUAUCUCUUCAUAUUCAGUUCCAAGGUGAGUGUCUUCAUCAAUGCCGCUCUAAACCCACUAAUCUACAUGGGGCGCACUAAAAGUUUAAAACAUUCCUUCAAAGAGGACGUGGUAAAGACGGCUACAGUCCGAAUAAGUCAGAUAAGGAGGAGUAUGGUGAGGAGAAAGACCACGAACACGGAAGUAGUAGAGCUGAAGAACAAGGAGGACAAGGUGCCCAGUUACGCGGAUGAGAACGCUAGGGUGUUUGACGAAGAGGGAAACGCCCUCAUUGCUGUUAGUAAGGCUUGAAAUGCCCCAUUUGAGCAACAUUAGUGAAUACACUGAUGCUGAUUCGACCACUUUUUAAUGCGUGAUCUGAUUGUUCUACGUUCAACAUUGAAAUGAGAUCAAUCGACGAAUCGCUACUUUAGUUUUGAAAUUUAAAAACUUGUUUCGCUUUUGCAGAAACAGGUAUAGUGAAGAUUAUACCCCUGCCGAGAAAAGCUGGACUUAGAAGAAUUACACUAAAAACUGUAGUAUAGAAUGUUUGUUAAUUGUCAUUUUGAUUAGUUGUAUAAUGUAUAUAUACAAAAACAAUACUUAAUACAGCCAGUUUUAAAUAUAGUAAAUACUAUUAGAAAUCCGUUAAUGAAAAAUAUGAGU